AUGGCCUUUCUUUCUUUUCACUCUCGCCAGCUGUCGCUUCCCCUGAAUGUCGAGAUUUGGCUCGAUACUGCUGGAUAUAUUGAACGGCAGGCUGGAUGCUUCGUCAGUGCCAGGCUGCUGUUUUUAUUGCUACUUUUAUUAUUAUAUACAUCUGUUAUGCCAAAUGUUCAUCCAGCCAGCCCUGAUACCCGAUAUACUCAACCUACUCUGCCUAUUCUAUACAACGGCAACCCCUUAGACUCCCUAGUCUACACCUAUUGCGAGCCCAUUUGCAAUGGCUGUGGAAAGAAACUCCCCUCAGGAAAAGUCGGAUUCGUUCGUCGUCCAAUAAAGAUUAAACCGACAAAAUCGAUACUCGCUGAUGCAUUUCUCCCUAAUCGAGAUGGCUCUGCGUGGAGUUUCCCCUAUUCCUACAACCUGGAUGCGCCUCUGCCUAUUGAGACUGGCCCUAAGGAAACACACCAGCCGAUAGCCUUGACGGAUGGCCCAGCUCAGACGUAUAAUCACGGGCGAGAGUACCAGAACAAGUUAGCUACGGGAAGAUAUGAUCCGGUACCAUCUAAUCUGUAUCAUCGUGAUGCAGCUCUUCCUCCACCGGCACCGUCCCCUAUACUCGAGCCCCAGAGCCCGACUUACUCUAGGGCACACGCAGCUCCAGCAACAGAGACAAGACACAGAUGUGCAGUAUGUGGACGCUAUCGUUCUCCUUCAUAUCAGCAUCGGCAUCCCAUUAUCCCAGGGCAGAUACCUCCUACUAGCGUGUGCCGAAAGUGCAGAUUCACCUAUACAUCUAGCGGAGACAGUACUGAGAGCGAUGAAUCCGACAGGCGAUCUAGAGGCCGAAGACGCAGUCGAAAGAGGCGUAGUAGAUCCAGACCUAUAUUUGACAAGGAACCUUCUGCUCAACCAGCUCCAAUUCCUCAGAUACUUCAAGCUCCUGCACCUCAGACCAGCCAGCCUCAGGAACCUCCUACUCCUGCUCCUCCACCUCCCCCUCCCCCUCCCCCUCCACAGCCGCAGCCGCAGCCCCUGGCCACAAAGGUAGAGUCGUCUCCUCCUAUAUUCCACUUUUGUCCGAACCCUCCUGGCCUAUUCCUCACUGCUGUACUGAGCCGAGCUACCACCCGCUCCCCGACUAUAGAGACACAUGCAGCUCUUGUUACUAUCAGAUGCACAGCAGGCGUCAUUACUAUCAAGACUGCCACCAUGGCCAUUGCUGCCACCGAGAACCCAGGCUCUAUACCUCCCGAAAGCCCAGGAGCUUCGAUGACGUUCAGGGAACCAUCACCUUUAAGACAAGCCGAGCGUCCUGUUGUCAAAGAUGCCAACUCUUGGUCAAUGCCGGCAACUGGGAAUUGGGAUGAUAGCAAUGAACGGGUAAGAAAACCCAGGCCCCCUACCCCUUCACCUUCACCAGUGCGAGAAAGACGCUACGUUGAGCCACAUCAAUUAUCUUCUUCACUAAGGGGCACACGCCCUCCUCAAGCAAAGAUAUGUCGAUUUGCAUCCGACGAACCACAGAAUCAGCCCAAUGUCCAAUAUCAAACUUGGGAGGUCGACCGCCCCAAAAGGCAGUACAGCCGUGUUAUAUCACGAGGCGACGAUAAUAAUAACGAAGAGAGCGGCUGGUAUGAUACACCGGAUUAUGAGAGACCAAUCUCAACGCGGCCCUCUAGAAAUGUCAGCAUGCCACGGCGGCCUUCCCGAGUAGAAACAGAUAGACCCCCUUCAGAAAUCCUGAUCGUCCCGAAGCCUCGGCGCCAGUUUGAAGUCAGGUAUGGGACAUAUCAACCAGAACAGCAACGAGACUAUGAGUAUAGAGAGCCUCGGUCAGAGACCCGUUUUAAGCAUUAUGAGCCCUCAAAUCCCAGGAGAGUGACGACUGUCAACAGACGGAGCUAUGCAUACCCCGUAGUCCGUGAUGAACAGGAAGAAGAGGAUACAGGCCAGGGGUAUAGUGACCCAAGGUACGAAAAGUGGAAUAAAAGUCGUUAUGCUAGCCAUGAAAUCAUUGAGGGACCUCGAGGGACAUACAACCCUCCAGCCACCCGAGAUCCGAGUGGUCAGCAAUAUAAGGCGCGAGAGAGGUCGGUUGUCUGGUAG